AUGGAACAACAACAGAAGACGGCUCCUCCGGUCUACGAUCUUUCUCAAGGCGGCCACUAUGGAGCCAGCGCCGCGUUAUCCGCUCAAGGCUAUGUUCCCCAUACUGAGUUGUACUCGGGACUGUGGUCAAACAUCAACCAAGGUCUAACCGGACCAUCGCGCGAAAUUCUGGCAACUUAUUGGCAACAAACCAUCAAUCAUCUCGAAACCGACACCCACGACUUCAAAAUCCAUCAACUCCCCCUUGCGCGAAUCAAAAAGGUCAUGAAGGCGGAUCCUGAAGUCAAGAUGAUCUCCGCCGAAGCUCCCAUCCUCUUUGCAAAAGGAUGUGAUAUAUUCAUCACAGAACUCACCAUGCGCGCUUGGAUCCAUGCAGAGGACAACAAGAGAAGGACCCUGCAACGUAGUGACAUUGCUGCGGCGCUCGCUAAGAGCGACAUGUUCGACUUUCUAAUCGACAUUGUCCCACGAGAAGACAGCGCCGGCCACGGAAGCUCGAAAAGGCCCAACACCAGCGGCCAAGCUGCGGCCGCUCAAGUCCCCCAACAACAAGCUCAACAACAAAUGCCACCCCCGGACUAUGGCAUGCAACAUGGUACGAUGGGCCCUCCUGACAGCCAAUACGGCAGGCCCCAAAUGUAUCCUGGCCAUAUGGGCGGUGACGCGCAGCAAGAUCCCAGCCAAGCCUAUGGCCAACCUCCGCAAAUGUUCACUGGCGGUGACAUGUACAAUCCCUACGCCCAGGGACAGUUUGGCGGGACCGGCGCUCAACAGAUGUACUCCAAUCUCCCGGGUCAAAGGCCACAAAGUCAAGGAUAUGGAGGUCCAAGGCCCGGCACCGCAGGCAGAGAUCAACAGGUCAAUGAGCAAGGGUACGGUCCUGGCUAG